AACAGAUCGCUGCGAGCUCUUGUCUCAAGAGACCGAUCCGGGCUGCGACUCGACGCCCGUGACUCUCGGCCGGGGCCAAGAUGCGGAAGGGGAAAGGCGCGAAGCGGGGCAGGGCAAAAAAGGGGCCCAAGGCUGACUCGAAAGUGGAUAGGGAGUCUGUGGCUGAGCGGGCCAAGGCCAACACAGCACUAUGGGAAGCCCGGCUAGAGGUGACCGAGAUCUCCCGGGCCGAGUAUCGUGAGGCUGCACGCGUGCUGGCCAGGAACAAUGAGGAGCUGUCAUGGCAGCAGCACCGCCUGGAGAAGGACACAGUUGAGGUGAUCAGCUUUCUCAAGAAGCAGGAUUUGGAGAAAGAAGAGCAGAUUUCAAAACUGAAACAGCAACUGCUAGAUUUGAAGCAGCAGGCUCAACAGGAGAAUGAGAAAGUGGCAGAACUUUAUUCUGUGCAGUUGAAGGAUCUGGAGGAGAAAUUCAGCAAAAAAGCCAAAGAAAUUGGAUUAAUUCAGUUAGAACUGAAAACAAUAAAAGAAUUUCGCAAGAAGAAAGCACAGAUGGAGAAGGAACUUGAAGAUAUCAAAGAAAAUAUGCGAAUUUCAAACAAGGAACAUCAGGAGACUCUGGGAAGGCUAGAGAACAGGUUCAUGGAAGAAAAGCAACGACUAGAAAGAGAAGCUGAGAAGAAGAUAGUAAUGUUGGCAGAGAGAGCCCACCAUGAGGCCGUUGUGCAGUUAGACAACACUGGGAGAGCAGUGUUUAAAGAGAAUGUUCGUCUUCAGGAGGCUCUUGCUUAUCACCUGAAGGAGACUGAAGAGCUACAAAAAAUAAAGAAACAGCUGGAAGAGGACAAUGCUUUUCUUCUGCAGGAGAAGGAAACAAAUGAGAGUUUGGUUCAGGAAAAGGUCCGGCAAGUCACUGUACAAAAAGCCCAGAUCCAAACAUUGCAGCAUAAAGUGGAGAGACUGGAGAUGGCACUAGGUCAUAUGACUCAAGAAUUUGAAACAGAAAUUCAGAAGACACAGCAUCAGGCCUUAGUUCAAAAUCAGGCAGGCAUGGUAGAGAUCAACAAGCUGCAGCAGCUGCUGGAAAUGAAGGAUCGGGAGAUGAAUCGAGUGAAGAAACUGGCCAAGAACAUCCUGGAUGAGAGGAGUGAGGUGGAAAUUUUCUUCCUAGAAGCUCUGGAACAAGUGAAACGUGAGAUCCUGUCCAGCAGAAAGUGCUACAAGCAGGUGGCCCAAGCUGCCUAUCAGAAGAAAAUGAUGGAAGCGUUUGCAGGGAAGGAAGAGUACCCAAAAAUCAGAACAUUUAACAGCAAUGCUCACAGCACAAAUAGUGUGUACAAGGACCUGCAGGAGGCAGAGAAAUGGACAAAUAUCCAGCAAGGGAAGGUGGAUAUUGGCCAGUUGACAUGGGAGCAGAAGGAAUGUGUUCUCAGAUUACUCUUUGCAAGAAUGAAUGGCAUGGAGCGACGGAAACGCAAACAUGUUUUGGUCCCUUCAACUCCACCUGCUGUUACUCCUGGUUCUGAAGAAAGAAACAAAGCUAGAACUGAAAACAUUGCUCCCAGCUUGACCUUCAUCACGCAGCAGGUCCCAGUUUCGGAGUCCUCUUCUCAUGGAGCCAUCCUUCCAGAUAUUGAGAACACCCCAGACAGUAGUGUGACCCCUUGACUCUGACCGAACAAGAUGAAAGGUAAUGACGGCUACUGCCUCUUCCACACCUUUUCUUCUGGGACUCUUAUGUACAUGGAAUGAUGCUACAGCUGUGAAAACGUUAUUAUCCCCAUUUUAUUGUGAUGUUGAUUUGGUUUCCAUUUAAAACCAGUCUGAAAGGGGAUUGUAAAUUAAUUUUAUAAAUAUGUAUUUAAGGUUUUUUCUUCUAAAUAAUUUUUUUUUAUUCUUUACCUGGCUCAAGUUUGGUAGGUAUGUAGGUAGGGUUCUCCUAGCUGCCCAGUGGAAUCUGGGCUGGAGGCUGAGAUUAAGAUCGUGCGUGACUGCAUUCUGAUGGAGAUUUCUUUUUGUUCUGGAGUAAAAGUGUAGUAGACUAAAGAGCAUUUGGAAUGAAGUGAUAUGUAUGUGGACCCAGAAAAGAUCUGGGUCCUAGCAGCAGUAAGCUUGUGUGUAAAAGGAGGUGGUGACUUGGAUCCAAAAAGUUUUAGUAAUAGGAUCAAUGGUGCAGCUGAGCCCACUAGGUCUGCCCAAGGUCUUAUUUAAAAAUAAACACCUGCUCCCUCAAGGUCUUAUUUAAAAACAAACACCUGCCCCCUCACUCAUUAAAGAAAUGCAUUAGCAAUUUUUAUUCAUAAUCAAUUGCAGAAAUGAGAAUUUUCCUAAGCUAUACUGGAACCUGAGAGAAAAUACACAAAUAUUAAUGGCACACCAGCAGUUGUAUUAAAGUCAGGCAGCUGUCAGUUACAAAAGGCCUCUAUCAGCAGGCAGAAUACAAAGUGUUCACAUUCAGUUCAUUCAAUUAGACCAAUGAAUCAUGAUUAGAAUCAGCUUAAGAGCAUGAUUUUCCUCAGGUGCGAGAAGCAACUUUUUACAAGUCUCUCCCAGUGUACCUUCUAAUUUUUUGCAUCCAUAUGCAGAAUGACUUAUGUGCACCAAGGUGGAAGUGAUAUAUCAUAUAACAAAAGUCAUUGUGCACAUGGGCAGCGUGUGGUGGGAAUGGAGCCAAGGGAUUGGGAUAGGCCUGCUGACGAGGGGGUGGGAAGAGGAGGGCAAAGGGGACAGUUGCCCCUCAGUCUGGUGAUUCAAAAAGGCCUGGAGCGCCCAGCCACAGCUAGUUCAGGAGUGGUGGUGGCUGGAGCCCUAGGCCCUUUAAAUCAUUGCUGGAGCACCACGGGGCACCCUAGGUAGCUCUCGGGGCAGGGAGAUGUCCUGAAUCCCUGCGUGGAGUUUAAGGGGAAAUUGCACAGCUUAGAGGGACUGUAGAUCCCUGCCCCUUAUAGAAGAGUCCACGUAAAGCCAAGAUAAUGUCACCCUUAAUCUUACUCCAUCCCAGGACUUUUCCUUAACUACUCCAUGGCUGCAUCAUGAGUUACCAGCUCAACCUCCAAUCCUCCCAUCAGUGCUAGGGAUAGAAUUUCAGACCUCCAGUUGCAAAGAAACAGAUCUUUAUCACACAGGCUGACAAUCUCCUGGCCUGUCACUAGUAUUGGGGCCUGCAGUCACUAGAAGAUGUGCACACAUACUUGAGCAGGUAUACAGUGAAUCAAUGUGGGUAGUAGCAACAUAAAAUCAGGAGGAGUAACUAAAAGAUUGGGAUUGGUUGCUUUCUAUGGAAGGAAACGCCUUCUUCUUACCAAUUCCCCCCUAACAUGGCUUGAGUAACAU